AUGUCUACCGGCGUUCAGCUGGGUCCGAACGUCCAAACUAUCAGCUUCAGGAAACCGACAAACCAGGCUGCUUCGUCUCCCUCCACAAAACCCAAGAACCGUCACGGAGGGUUGUUACAGGACCAACUUCGCAGGGCACAACGUGCGCCAUGGUGUCCGACUUGGUCAAGUGCUUUGCGCAUCUUGCUCCUCAUCCGCGUAGCUGGAGCCAUGUACAACGGAAUUCAGGACUGCGACGAAGUAUACAACUUCUGGGAACCCUUGCACUAUCUGUGGAAGGGUUAUGGUUUCCAGACAUGGGAGACGUCCCCUGAAUACUCGAUCAGGAGUUGGGCAUACAUCCUCCUGCACUACCUGCCUGUACAGCUGUCCGCGAUGUUCCUGGGUCCUGAAAAGCGCCCAGCAUUCUUCGCCGUCCGCAUCUUCCUUGCCAUCGUCUCUUCUCUUUGUGAGGUGACUUUCUACCGCGCGGUAGUUGAGCACAUCAACUACCGUGUGGGUCGGUACGUAUUCUUUAUGCUCCUCGCGAAUGCCGGGAUGUGGAUCGCAUCUACAUCAUUCCUGCCAUCUUCGUUUGCCAUGUACGCCAACACCCUUGGCUUCGCGCACGCGAUGGAGAGACCAAGCAACAGCAAUAUGCGUCGCACACUCUUUGCCACCCUAUGCUUCGCGACAGGUGCGAUCGUCGGUUGGCCCUUCUCGCUCGCGGUCGCCAUUCCAUUCGUCCUCGAGGAGCUCUUCUUGACUGGCGCAGACAAGGUCACUUCCGAGACGCGUACUUCUUGGCUCACCACAAGGUGGCAACGAAUGGCCAUUUGUGGUGCAAUUGCUGCCCUGUUAUUCAUACCUGUCGUCGCCAUAGAUACGCUCUUCUACAACAAGCUCUCCGUCGUUCCGUGGAACAUCGUCAAAUAUAACGUCUUCCCAGAUGCGCAGCGUGGCCCCGAACUCUACGGAACAGAGCCCGUGCACUUCUACCUCGCGAAUCUGCUCCUGAACUUCAACGUAUUGGUCCCGUUCGCCUUUGCGGCGCUUCCCGCGCUCCUUGUCACGUACCGGUUCGACCACAAGCGUCUGGGGGAGCGGUAUCUGUUCGUCAACCAGAGCUCCCCGUACGUCCUUCUGGCCGUCCGCCUCGCGCCGGUGUAUCUGUGGGUCGCGAUCAUGACCACGCAGAAGCACAAAGAGGAGCGAUUCAUGUACCCGAUUUACCCGUUCAUCUGCUUCAACGCCGCCGUCACGAUCUACCUCGUGCGCGGCUGGCUCGAGGCUGCGUUCAUCGCGGCGACGAACUCGCCAUACCGGGCAUCGCGCUCGUCGCUCUUCAGCCAGUUCACGCUCUCCGUGGUCGUCACAUCCAGCGUGCUCUCGCUCGCGCGCACCAUGGCGCACUGGAAGUACUACCACGCCCCGCUAUCGGUCACGUACGCCCUGGAGGCCGCGGAGGUGCCGCGUUUACUGAAUGCGACCGGUCACGUAUCUCUUCCGCCACAACUCGACCCUGCCGCGCGUCACGGUGGUCAGGAGCAUCCCGAGGCCGAGUCGGACUCGGAGGAGCAGCCGCGGAUCGACCUGUCGCUCGUCGAGCCGUUCAAUCUGCGCUUGUGCGUGGGCAAGGAGUGGCACCGCUUCCCGGGACACUUCAUUGUGCCGGACGGGGUGCGCGUCGACUGGGUCAAGAGCGCGUUCGACGGGAUGCUGCCUGGGCAUUUCUCGGAGACCCCGCGCAAGGGCGGGCUGUUGGUGAGACAGCAGGGAACGAGGGUGGUACCCAAGGAUCUGAACGAUCUGAACAAGGAAGCGCGAGCGUUCUAUGUGGACGUGGACUCGUGUGACUACCUCCUCGACCUGGACUUCCCGCAGCACCCGCAAGAGGGGCCACACGAGCCGCGGUACAUCGUGGACGAGCAGACCUGGGCGCGCGUCGCGUGCCAGCCGUUCCUGGACGCGGCGCACUCGCCGUUGCUGACGCGCACGCUGUGGUUCCCGGGCGCGCUGUGGCAGCAGCAGAACUCGUACGGCGAGUUCUGCCUGUUGAGGCACCGGGCGAACGUGGCGAAAAAGGAGAGGGAGCACACCGUGCACCGGGCGUAG